AUGCCCAGAAAAGCGGAAAACUUGUUCUCCACGGCAAGGGGCCGCGUGCGUGCCUCCAUGAACAAGUAUAACUUGUUCAACUUGUACAAAAAACAGCCGAUAAGAUACCAGGGCUUGACUUUAUUUCAACAGAAAUGGAAAGCCAAGAGAGAAACAAGAGCUUAUCAUGGAGAGCACUUGACUGAAAGCAGAUGGAAGACUCUUUUCCUGCCCAAAUUGGAGUCGGUUGCCCAGCUAGAUGCCUCCUUGAAAGGUGUGAAUGUAUUUCCAACGCCCAUGAGUUUACAAACUUUUGCCGUGUUGGAGAAGAGACUUGAGUUCGCUUUGUUCCGUUCCAUGUUUGCAUCUUCGGUUAGACAAGCAAGAGAGUUCAUCAGAAGUGGCUCUGUUCAGGUCAACGGUGUCACCAUCAGACAUCCUGCGUACCCAUUGCAGAGUGGCGACAUUUUUAGCGUCACUCCCGAAAAGGUCAUGCUUGCAAUGGGCAGAGUUAAACCUAGUGUUCAACAGGCGGUGAAAGUGGACAACCAGCAGAUUGCUGUGUGGAACAAGUACGUCAGCAUGGUCAGGCAGAACCCCAAGGAUGCAUGGGACUUGAAGCAAAUGAAACCUGCUUCGUUGAACACUUUGGUGAACGAGGAUAAAAAGUCAAGGGUGGAGAAAAUCAAGAAGGCCAACGCGGGGAUCGAAUCUGAUAUGCUUCAGACGCAGAAACGUGUAACGAGACAAUUUAUUUUGAAAGAGAUCUUGCAAAUUGCGAAUGGUAAGGACGUUGAGGAACUCAUACCUGAACAAUUUCUGCUGCUCGUCUCGUCGGACAAGACAGACCUGGCAAAAUGUAUUGAGGUAUACAAAAUCUUGAAGAAAUCUGGCCAUGAUUUGGUGGCGGCCCAUCUGAUCGACGACUGCACCAAGUACAUCUCGACAAAGAGCACAGAGUUCGGAUCCACUGUGGCUGCGAAGGAAGCUUCCAAUGUCAAGAAGAUUCUUAGUGAAAUUGUCAACGAGCAAUUAGAAAGAAUACGCCGUGACGCGGAAACUCAAAAAUUGCCAGAAGAUGCCAAGACCAUCCCAUUCACUUCGGACUUCGGCAAAUCUUUGCAGACCGUUGCUCCUUUGGAUAAGGAUGCAGUGAUUGAAGACGAGUCUAAAGCCGUUGUGAACUUGCCUUGGCAGAAGGGCUUGUUUGGUCGUCAAGAUCCAUCUAAGCCAUUUUUCACUCCAUGGACCCCAAGACCAUUUAUUGGAGCGUUCGCGAUCUUGCCCCACCAUAUUGAGGUGUCGUUUGAAACAUGUCAUGCUAUCUACUUGAAUGAUCCAGUCGCAAGACCAGGCCACUCGGAAGUGAUCUCUCCGUUCCCCGACCACGUCCACGAGAGAUCGUACAUGUACUAUGUCAGAAAGGGAUUGUAA